CAUAAAAAUCAUUGUUUCGACAAAAUUCUGAUAUUGUUUUAUCUAAAGCUUUUUCUUGAAAUUAAUUCUGACAACCGGAGAAGAACCGGUUGGAGAUAAGAAGAACAUACAAACAGCCUCAAUCAAAUUGGGACGACGAUGGUCGGGAUUCUGCUUCGAAAACACGCUUCCCUCAACAAUCCCCAGAUUCUCGGAAUGAUGAGCGGAGGAGCCUUGUUCAGAAACGUCGCCGCCCAGCUGAUAAGGCGGAACGGUUCGGCAUCCGAUCCGUUUGGCAAAACCGGAGCAAGAUUGCAAUCGAGGCGGCCUUAUUUUCCCGGUAGAGCAAAAGAAACAAGAAACGAUCAAACCGGACUCUCACCUCCUCCUUCUUCCUCGUCUGUUGGUAUCGUGGGAUGGUAUCUUGGUAUGGUGAAAUCACGCCCCGUUCUCACCAAAGGAGUCACUUCUUGCCUUAUUUACAUCGCCGCCGAUUUGUCCUCUCAGACCAUUACGAAGGAGAAAGCUUCUUCAGAAUCGUAUGACCUGGUGAGAACAGCAAGGAUGGGAGCAUAUGGUCUAUUUAUCUUGGGUCCUGUACAGCACCAGUGGUUCGGUUUCAUGUCAAGACUCUUCCCUAAACAAGAUAUCGUCACAACGCUUAAGAAAAUGGCCAUGGGACAGACUGUCUACGGUCCUACGAUUAUGGUGAUUUUUUUAUCAUUCAACGCAUUACUACAGGGUGAAGGCGGUUCUGAUAUAGUUGCUCGAUUGAAAAGGGACCUUCUUCCCGUGAUGUUAAACUGUGUCAUGUAUUGGCCUGUUUGUGAUUUUAUAACAUUCAAGUUCUUCCCUGUUCAUCUACAGCCUCUUGUAAGCAACUCGUUUUCAUAUGUGUGGUCCAUCUACAUGACUUACAUGGGAAAUCGUGAAAAACCAGCGGCAAUUUCAAGCUGAAACACUCCGGUUUCUUCUAGCCAUUAUGUCCGCUCAUUGCCUGUGAUUGAAAGUAACACAGAUAUAGCCACUAUUUUGUAUUGUACUAUUAUUUUUGUUCCGCUCAGUACGGGGCAACAUUCUUGGUGUAAAGUCAACUUGGCUUUGUCCACAGUCAUUAUUUGAACCCAAAAAUGUACUUUGCAUUCUACAAAGAGUGUAAAGAAGAAUAAUUGUAUGAUGUUAUACUGUAGCAUUACUUGGA